CUGAAAGCACAGAGAUCUGCUUUUUAAAUGGACUCUCAGACCACAUCAGGGAAAGUUUAUCUCCAACCACACAAAGCUGGAAAAAUUCCACAUAGCUGAGAGAAUGACUUGUGUUGCUCCAGGAGACUCCAGAGCAGGAAUCCACAGGAACAAGUUGAAACAGCACAGUUUUUCAACCCUGCACAUUCCUGAGCAGCGCUGACAGCUGCACGCUCAUGUGUUUUAGUAUCACUGCAGAGUGAAUAUCUAGACUGUAAUCUUAUCACACCUGUAACCUGAAACUGGCAUAGAACUACAAAGCGUCCAUUAUAAACCACUGUUAACCUGCUGUAUAUGUCCAGAGUUUAAAUGCAUGACAUGGAACACAAGGUACUUUGAGUAAUGAUAUGGAAUAUGUAGUCCUGUAACAUUUGUUCUUUAACGGCCCUGUAAACUUGUUUGGAAGGUAGGACUGGGUCAGCGGUAACAUGGUGAUUUCUCCUCACACUCUGACACUCCUCUGGACUUCAGUCUAUGGGAAGAAAGAACUCAUGUUUACCUCCUGCGUCAUAUGUGGGAGUGUUAAAACUAACGAUCCCAUUCACAGGAAAAAGGUUUGCGAUGGGGUUUGGUGCAUAUGCGUGGGAGAAAAAGUUGGAUUCAUGUCGAGGAGGCGAAAUAUGAUGUAAUCCGUCACACAUUUGAACUACCGUGUGUGACGUAGAUGUAUUGGCGUGCUGGUUAUGCUCAAUUGCAGCCAGUGUUAUCCCGACCCGUCAUAACGAAAGUUGCAAUAUAUGAACUCUGUUUCUAUAAGCACAGGCGUAGCCCUCUACUGGACUCUAUGGGUCAUCCAAUCACAGCAUUUGCUCACUGAAAAUCUGCACAAGGGGCCAAUCAGAACUUGCAUACCCAAAUACACCCUCACCCUCGUAGGAGCCGCAGGGCCCACUUGGUAGAGACCUCCGCCUUUGCUAAUAGAACUAUGCUAACAAUGUUGUAACCUCCGUUCCAACUCACUCUACUCGACUCUAUGGGGACAAUGGGUGGAGCGCAAUACAUAACAUUUACUCAUUAACAUGGAUACUGACCGACUAAAGGUUACUCUCCUCAGCCCACCUACUUACAGGGGCUCCACAGCGGAGAAGUAGGGACAGCCAGCCAACCCAGAUAGUCCGCCAAGGAGCAUGUAGGUGUAUCAUGUCCUGGAAGGGGGACUCAGGUGCAACGCAAUGGAUGCACACCCCGUCCUCUAAACCAAUCCUGGGUCUUUCCAGCAAGCACAGACCCUGAAGAUGAGCCUGCCAUGUCCAGGGUGCCAAUAAAGAAGCUGUGAUCCCUGUCUUAGACCUAACAUCAUGGCACUUGAUCAUGGUCCAAUCCCUCCCUGUUCCUGUUUGGAGAUCCAAAGAUCUUUUGUUUUUAUUCCAUUGUUAUUUUGCUAUUCUUCUGUUGUAAUCUUUAAUGAAACCUCUUCGGGAUGAAUACAGUUCUAUCUCAUCUAAUCUUAUUUUAUCUGAGUUGAGAUUUCUCCUCCUCCAGCGCUGAGUGAUGAAAUCCCAAGAGAGACAUCACACGGCCACAUCUGUUGCAACUCCCUGAAUCAGAUAACUAAUUGGGCCGAUUCUUCGGUCCAGAAUGACUGACAAAGCAGGUCAUAAAGAUCCGUCCCAGCGAUGGGGCCCGGACAUAACAGGCACUCAUGAGGUUCUCGAAGCUGAGACUCCAUCCUUGGAGGUAGGCAGUCAGUGAGCAAAUCAAGAGGAUGUCGAGCAGCAAUGUGUGCUGUGUUCUAUCCUGUGGGGUCUGCACAUAUUCGGGCAGGCGCGUCCUGAUUGGCUGGCUACACAUUUUCAGAGGGUGAAUUGAUGCCUUGAUGAGGAGAGUAUUACGCAUGGAGUCCAGCAGAGAGCGGAGUGAGUUAGAAUGUUAACCACUUCUUGGUCUCUCUUCUCAGAAAUGGAAGCCGGUGUGGUUGUCCCUGUUUCCUCCCAGUAGCGGUGGAGUGGGUCGACUGGAAAUCCAGGAUAUGAGAGGUGGAGGCGAUCAUGUGGCUGGGGUCAGGAGACACUACCAGCCUCACGGUGACAGGAAGCUGAAGGUGGUCCGACUGUCUGAGCUGAUCAGUGUCCUCAGACUCCCCCCAAACGCAGAGGCCUGUCCCAUGGAGAACAUGUCAGCCUUUUGUGUGGAGACACAGGACAGAACGAUGGUGUUCGCUGCACUCAAAGAGGACUGCGUUGGGUGGGUGGAAAAGCUGUGUCACAGCACGUUUCAGAGAGGGGUUGGCUCAGACUCUAACCAGCUCCAAAUGGAGCAGAACCAGAUAUAUGCCUCAGCAGAUGAAGCCUCACAGUUCUGGGUGACGGUUCAGAGGACUGAUGCAGCGACACGUUGUGGCCUGAAGGGGUGCUACUGGCUGCAGGUGGGGCAAGAGGCGCUGCUGCUGAGAGAAACAGAGAAGAAGAGCAUAGUCAGCGAAUGGUCGUACGAACUGCUGAGACGAUAUGGAAAAGAUAAGCUGGCCUUCACCAUUGAAGUUGGUAGACGCUGUGACUCUGGUCCUGGAACGUUUACCUUUGAGACACAGCAGGCUGACACACUAUUCUCCCUCAUUCAGAGUACCAUCAAUCGAAAGACUCUUACUCUAGGCAACCAAAACCAAGAGGGUGAGAAAGUCAUCGUAGCAAAAAUACAGGCCCAUUCCCCUCUCCACAAAAUACCAGAUGUGACCAGUACGGCUGGCAUUCUGGAGAACAAACUGGGGACACAGGGAAGUAAAUCUGCUGCUUUACAAGAGAGUGCACAUGCUCACGAGGAUUUGGUUGGUUUGUCAGAGAGUGUAUCGGGGCAGCCAGCUCCUAUCACCCUCAUGCCUCUUCCACUGGUCCCCACACAUGGCAGCCACUCUGGAGGUCAUCCUGGUGGCCAAUCAGAAGCUGUAUAUGCUGACCCAGCUGAUUGCAUCCAAUUUGUACCAAAAAUCCAACCAACCAUGGCUCUGUAUGUAGACCCAGCAAGUGUUCUCCCGCUCAAACCCCCCAGCACAAGGGAAGCCAUCACUCCCCCUCCUAAGUUCCGGGCUCCACCACCCCGUGUUCCCAUCGGUCACCCAGAUCCAGUCUACUCGGAGGUGUACGACAAAAUCAGUCCAGUCAAGAAUAAACAAACUGAAAUUCAGAGCAAAGGGAAAGUUGGGCGUUUCGCAGACGAUGAACCCAUUUAUACUGAGCCCAUGGGCAAGAAGGAUAAAGUUUCUCUUAAAAAUGAAAGCAAACCGGAUCCAUUUGCCCAUCUUUAUGCCCAAGUCUGCAAAACAACACCAUCAUUAAGUCUCUCUGCAUCCUCUAACACUAUCCCCUCCUGCUCUUCCUCCCCUACACCGCCUCCUGCCAGCAUGAGCACAACAGAGGCCUCAGACCAGUCUCUUGAUGAUGUCAUCUACGAAAACCUGGGCAUCAUUUAAUUUAGUUGACACGUUUUUGUGCAGUGACAGCUGGGAGUUCAUUGAGAAACACUUUGCCUACAGUAGUUAGGAACUGUAUACAAACUAGUACUCAUUAUUUAUAAAGAAAAUAAAUAUGGCUGUAUGACUGGCUAUUACAACAAACACAUGAUAAUGGGCUCACUAAAUUCACCUAGGAGGCCACAUUUCUAAGCAUUGCACUGCUGUAACAUUACUGGACUCAUGGUGGACCGUUGGGUGUGUUGUGCAAGUAGGAGCCUAAAGCCUGGGCAGAGGAACGGCUGUAGUGGUCUGAAAGCUCACUUGUUCAAACGCAACACUUCAGGAUAGAUGGGAUUUUCAUCUAUUGGCAUUAAUACUUGCCAACACCUGGGAAUUUUGAAUUAAUAUAGCAACAAUUAAAAUAUAUCCUGUAAAUAUUUUUGAAAAUGCAUGUUUUGGACUAGCCCUCGAUGGAC